GCCACACCGCGCUAUAUAAACGCACCGUGCAGCGAGAGAACAGGUGUCCGAAGCGGCUGGUUUGCGGGAGAUUUCAACGCGUCGGUUUUAACCCCUUCUUUUUUUUAUACAAUUCUCCAAGCCAACCAGUCCCUAACGCCUCCGCUGUCGAAUCCUAUCCGAGUGAGGAAAGAUGGUCUCUUCCGGUCUCCAGCUGCUCGGUAUCGGCCUGUCCGUCAUCGGCUGGGUCGGGGCGAUCGUGACGUGCUCGCUCCCGAUGUGGCGCGUCUCGGCGUUCAUCGGCAACAACAUCGUGGUCGCGCAGACGAUCUGGGAGGGUCUGUGGAUGAACUGCGUCGUGCAGAGCACCGGGCAGAUGCAAUGCAAAGUGUACGACUCCAUGCUGGCGCUGCCGCAGGAUCUGCAAGCCGCCCGGGCGCUGACCGUCAUCAGCAUCCUGCUAACGCUGGUGGCGUUGCUGGUCGGGGUCGCCGGGGCUAAAUGCACCAACUGCGUGGAGGAGGAAUCGGUGAAGUCCCGCGUCAGCAUCGUCUCCGGGGCGCUGUUUGUGAUCGCCGGCUUGCUGUAUAUGAUCCCCGUGUGCUGGUCGGCUAACACGAUCAUCCGCGACUUCUACAGUCCGCUGGUCAGCGACUCGCAGAAAAGGGAGCUCGGCGCUUCUGUGUAUAUCGGCUGGAGCUCCGCGGCUCUGCUCAUGCUGGGAGGCGGGCUUCUGUGCUGUAGCUGCCCGGUUAAGAACGACCAGCGUUACGGGGCUCGCUACACGGCGGGGCCCUCGUACCCCAGGUCCGACUACCCAUCCAAAAAUUACGUGUAAACCCAUUUUAAAACUGCGAUUCGUGGGGGGGGGGGGGGUUGAGGGUGUGGGGGUUUAAUUGGUUAAAUAAAACUUUUAAUAACUUUUUGCUGUAUUUGUGUUUGUUUGGCAUGAGCUACAUUUUGUUUUUCUCUGGUAACUUUUAUGUGAGCUUAAGCUGGUUCGCCUUGUUUAAAUACAAAACUACAGCACCCCCUGCACCUGUGGACAGGUCACACCCCAAACUAACCCCACUGUGGGGGCUGUUUUACAUUUUUAA